AUGAUUAUAUUGAUACUUGAUCAAGCUUCCUCAACAGCCAGUCAGCGCGGGCAUUCUCCAUUUUCGGCUCCUGCCACACCCGCUACUGCUCAUUCGAUCUCGACAAACGUGUCCGUCUCAUCACACCAAGCUCAGACAUCCUCGUCGACCUCGACUCGGAGGGGGUCAAAACGAGCAAAGACAUCAAACGACGGAUUGGUGGCAACUGCUUUGCGCGACUUACCGAUCGCUGAUCCUCUAAGUGGAGUAAGAGCACAAUCGACAAAGAAGAAAAGUAAGGGUAAAGGAAAAGAAAAAGACAUCAUUCCUUCCACCAAACGUUCUCCAACAAGCUCAAAAGCAUCUACAAAGAAGAGAAGUGCGCUUCGCAGCGAGAGUCCUACAGCAGAGCUUCCACCAAGUAAGCGUGCAAAAAGCUCAGAAGAUACCUCGUCGAGCAGCGUCAUUCGUCGUUCGAAUCCACGUACAAAAAAGGACAGUAUGGUGCAGAAGAAACAACAUCCCUCUUCUGCCUCCUCUGGUCCUUCAAAGUCACGCACUUCAACGGGCAGUAAUACUUCUCGUAGCAAAAGCAGAUCUGCUAGUGGAGCCACUUCGUCUACUCGCUUGGUUGACCUGGAUCAGCCCUGCGGUCCCUCAACUAAUCACAUGGAUGAAGACGACGGGUUCCGAGCUGCUAAUAGCUUCAGUGUUCAUACAGAGACGGACGAAGAAGAGGAUAUCAACGAAGGAAUAGAUGACGAAGGAGAAGUUGAACGUGACACUCUUGUCGAAUCAAAUGAGAUUGACAAUAUAGACCAUGAAGAAGAGGAUGAGGAAGACAACGAAGACGAAGAAGGAGAUGAAGCUUUAGACAAUGAAGAUGACUAUGAGGACGAAGAAGAUGAUCCAGAUCAGUUCGAUGAAGACCCAGAUGAUCCUUACGGUGACGGCGAUGAUGGAGGUGGCUUUGGAGGUCAUAUUCGAGCCAUGGCAGGCUAUAUGACUGGUCUUGCCGGAAGAUUCCGUACCCUUCUGAACUCGCUUCGUGAUCGAAGAGAUCCUACAGCCCAAUUGGUUGCAUUGCAAGAAUUGUCGGAAGUUUUGAGUAUUUCAAAUGAAGACACAUUGGCAGGAUACUUUCCUACGGAAUCAUUUGUGGGUGAAUUGAUCUACUUGAUGGGUGGACCAAAGCCUACCCGAACAAUGACAACAAAGGAGAAGUCAAAGGAGGAGAUCGAAAGAGAAGAAGAGGAAGAUUCUUUGGCAGCUGCUCUCGCAUUGGAAGACAACAGUGAAACGAUGCUGUUGGCAUGCAGGUGUUUGGCUAACUUGAUCGAGGCCAUGCCUUAUGCUGCACAUAGUGUCGUCUCUCAUGGAGCUGUUCCAGUCCUAAAUGCAAAAUUGGUUCAAAUCGAGUUCAUUGACUUGGCUGAGCAAGUUUUACAAACGAUGGAAAAGAUUUCCAACGAAUUCCCAUCUGCUAUCGUCCGAGAAGGUGGUCUUUCUGCUAUGCUUCAAUAUCUGGACUUUUUCAACAUUCACGUUCAACGUACUGCCAUGAAUGCCGCUUCUAAUUGUUGCAGGCGUCUAAGUCCUGAGCAAUUUGAUAAAGCCAAAGAUGUGAUGCCAAUCAUCAAGAACGUCUUGUCUUACAGCGAUCAACGCUUGGUUGAAUCAGCAUGCAGAUGUGUAGUGCGUUUGAUUGACAGCUACCGUCAUCAUACAGACCUGCUUGAGCAACUACUGGAUGACGGCGUCGUUGGUUCUAUCAAUGCUGUCUUAUUGCCAGGGUCAACUACAUCGUCCAGCAGUACGACAAUCAGUACGACUAUCUACACUGAUAUCUUGAAAGGCCUUGGAACCGCAGCUCGUGUCAGUCCGUCUGUGGCUGUCACUUUACUCGAGAACAACAUCGUCGAAACACUUUACGUGCUCUUGACUGGCUCUUCAGCACCAUCGGAAGAUGGAGGUGAUGGCCGCGGACCUGCUGCCAACAUGAAUGCCAAGAAGGAAUCUGAGUCUGUGGAGGACAAUGCGGGCGCAGCUUUUGCUGUUGUCAAUUCUGAUGGUUCGGAAAAUGUGGCAAUUGCAGAUGUUGCAAUCUUGCAAAAUUUAGCACAAAGACCCAAAGAGCAAGUACAAGAAGCACUCUCUUUGGUCGCUGAACUUUUGCCACCUUUGCCACGGGAUGGUGUUUUCGAUUCGAGGCAAUACACCGAAAAGGCUUACAAUCGACGCAAAGCGAAAGCACAAAAGCUGGAAAAGCGCAACAGUGAUUUCAGCUCAACAUCUUCUCCAGAAUCGCGAAGCAAGUCUCAAUCGGCCGCCGCGGCCGACGAAAGUGGCGAUCGUUCGAAUGCACAAAAUUCUCCCUCCCAAGCUGUUGUAAAACCUGAGAGAGUGAAAUCAGAGCGAGAGUUGAGCAGAGAGAAGGCUCAAUCAAGAAGAAUUGCGGCAUUACGAGAGAAGCAAGCAUUGGUCAAACGUUUCACCCAACUCGUUCUACCAACAUUGGUAGAGGUUUAUGCUGCAAGUGUUGGAUGGAGCGUGAGAAGUAAGGCAUUGUAUGGUAUUCUCAAGAUCGUAAGCUUUGUGGAAAAUGAGCCAUUGUUGCAAGCACUCGAUAAUGUACCUCUUGCAAGCUUUGUUGCUUCUAUCCUUUCCAGCAGAGACCACGCGAUGCUCGUCCAAGGUGCAUUGCAACUCGUUGAGCUUCUAACAACCAAGCUUCCCAACGUUUACAGUUCCCUGUUACGACGUGAAGGUGUGAUGUGGGAGAUUGAGGAUAUUGCCUCCAAAGAGCCAACCGGUAAAGGCAAAGAAGGAAGAGAGAAGAGCAAGGAGCAAAAUGGCGAGCAAAGCGCUGAAACGAGCGGUCACGCCAGUGAUCCAGCAGCACCACUCGAGAUCUCCACCACACGUGACGGUGAAUCCCGUUUACCGUCCAUCGCUUUACCCUCUUCUAACUUGUCACGUCUUUUGGCAAUCUCAAACAGUAUGCAAGCUGGUACGAUUUCAUCUCGAAUCAUUCCAUCCAAUCAAUCACGUUCAACUGUCUCGACCGCUCCACCAGGCAUGGCUACAGUAGGCGGACAAUUGAUGUCAGCAACAGACGCUGCAGAUUCUAACAUCUGGAGAGCUCGAGUAUUGUGUGAUUCAUUAUCACCUCAAGCUUCAAAAGCUAGUGCUGGUGGCGCUGAUGAAGCAGGACGUGCUUUGAACGAUAUCACAGACUUGGUCGAAACUCUUAAACAGGAGGAGGAUGAAGACAAUGCAAAGUCUACGCUCAAAAGCAUCACGGAUCUCUUUUGCAAGUCUGAAAAUCCAAUUUCUAGCUUUGAGCUGCUACGAUCUGGUUUGGUCGAUGGCUUGUGCGCUUUUGUGAAUGGCGAUCAAAACGCAAUGCCCAAAAAUGUUCGGGAAAGACUGCUCACGGAGGCAAUUAUGCAAAAUCCUAUCGAUCCGUCGAAGCCAUCUGCAGCUGCUGUGCUUGUACGUAAACUACAAGAAACAUUAAGCAGACUAGAAGAUAUGGAGAUCACGACGGCGAUCUACAAUAGCGAAGAGAUGAAGAGAAGUCCAACGGCAAAUGUGGCAAGACAAGUUCGAUUGAAAUUGAUUGCGGAAGGAUCUGAUGCUGGUGACAUACCACGGACGUGCACAAAUAUUGUGGUCUCCAUCCAUGCAAUCACAUCUUUCCAAUCUUUGCACGAUCAUCUACGACCAAAGAUUGCUGCUUCACAGUCUAUGUUUGGAGCAAGUAGUAGCUCAGCGCCUGGUCCUUCGUCAGGCUUAUCGACAAUGCUGGAAUCUUUGGCCUCCAACGCUGGUAUUGAACUCACGGAAGCGUUCCGAGAAAGUUUGCGAGCUGCUGCAACGGCCUCUUCCACUGGCAGACCUUCUUCUACUUCCCGUGCGCGAUUGGAAAUCGGGGAAGGCGAAAGUUCAGGCAGCACAAGUAACGCUACUGGCAAGGAAGCAAAUAAAAGUUCAAGACGUCGAAGCUCAAGACUUAGUGGCAAAUCCUCUGCCGAUGAUGAAAAGUCAAAAGCCAAGGACGAAGAUUCGAAAGUAGAAGAAAAAGAAGGCGAGACUGAAGAAUCACCGGAAGAGACUAUGACAAGGAAGUUUGUUGAAGAUAUUCUAGGCGAUAUGGAAGGCCUAGAAGGAGGUGAGGCAUUUUCCGACGAUGAAUAUGAUGAGGAACUUGUGGAAGAUGAGGAUAUGUCUGGUCUUGACCCUACUUCGAUCAAUGCCGGAAACGGAGAUGAAACAGUUCAGCUUGAGGUUGCACAAGACGGUGAGACAAAGAAGUCAAGCAAAGCCGAUUCAAGUGCGAUCCUGUCCAAGUCUGCUCCAUCAUCGGACAACAGUUCGUCACCUUCCAAAGCUGCAGCCUCUUCGUCUUCCGGGAAGAUUUCAUACGCCAAUGCUUUGCAGAAGAAACCUGUCGACUGGCACUUGCAGUUUGAAAUGGACGGAGAAAAGGUUUCUCUAGCAUCAACGAUCUAUAGUGCAAUUCACAAGCAUGAGAUGCGAAACAAACCAGCCAAUGCAGCUGCUUCUGCUGGCAGGCAUAUUUGGGCAAAUACGUACACAGUCAAAUACCGCAAAGUGUCAGGUCCUUCUCCGGAUGAAGAAGAGAAGGAACGUGCUACCCCAGAUCCAUCAGUGGAUCCUUUAGAGCUCACAACCUUGCCCGAUUCCAUCUCGCCAAAAGCAACCUAUGCUUCUAUUUUGCUCUUGUUGAGAGUACUGUACAACUUGAAUCGUCGUUGGAAAGAGACGAGCGAAUGGAGAAGACUCAACAAUCAUCGAGCAAUAAAUGCAUUGAAUGAAGCUGCAUUUGUGAACAACAAAUUGACUGCGAAGUUGAAUAGGCAGUUGGAAGAACCGAUGAUCGUUGCAAGCAACUGCAUGCCACAAUGGUCAUUGGAUCUGCCUAGAGCGUUCCCAUUCUUGUUCCCGUUCGAAGCUCGCUACGCAUUCUUACAAAGCACUUCUUUCGGUUAUCAUCGUUUGAUCAAUCGCUGGCAAACACAGCAAUCGCGUAAUCAAGAUGGUUCAAAUUCUUCUUCUGCUCGUCACGAUGACUCUUUGGCUUUGUUGGGUAGACUUACUCGUCAAAAGGUUCGAAUUUCACGUAGCAACAUCCUAGCAUCUGCUUUCAAGGUGUUUGAGCUGUACGGGACCAAUUCAUCUCUGCUCGAGGUUGAGUACUUUGAUGAAGUGGGAACAGGAUUAGGACCUACUCUAGAAUUCUACGCAAUGGUUAGCAGAGAAUUCGCUAAAAAGUCAACGCACAUGUGGCGAUCGGACGAAGGAAGAAGUGGCGAAAGCGAAUACGUUUACUCUACAACUGGUCUAUUCCCUGCACCAUGUGGCCAAGAUGACGUCAAUGCCGAAAGCAGCGGACCAGUGGGUAAAUCAAGAGCACAUGCGUUCAAGAUCAUGGGUCAAUUCGUUGCAAAGGCCUUGUUUGAUUCUCGCAUCGUUGAUUUGAACUUGUCAACGAUGUUUAUGCGUCUUGUCUUGAACGAAUGCGUGCCAAAUACGUUGGAUAUGUUACGACAGGUUGACCCAACAUUGGCUCAAUCGUUGGAUAAGAUUCAAUCAAUGCAAGCUGAUGAAUUGGAAAGUCUAUCUUUGGAUUUCACACUUCCAGGAUAUGCUGAUUACGAAUUGCACGCAGGCGGUAAAGAUGAGCAAGUUGAUUCUACAAAUGUUUCAUCAUACAUCGAAGAAGUGAUUACUCACACGCUCAAUACUGGAGUCAAGCCUUUGGUACGUGCUUUCCGCGAAGGAUUCAAUUUGAUCUUCCCGAUCAAUGCUAUGUCUACGUUCACCCCAGAAGAGGUUGUUAUGUUGUUUGGAAAUCAAGAAGAAGACUGGAGCGAAUCAACAUUGUUGAGCAGCGUGAAGCCAGAUCAUGGAUACAACGUUGACAGUCAAACGUUCAGAGAUGUGAUUUCAGUCAUGUCGACAUUCACUCCGGUUGAAAGACGUGAUUUCUUACAAUGGUUAACAGGAUCACCAAAAUUGCCCAUCGGUGGAUUUGCCGGUCUUCAUCCUCAUUUGACAAUCGUCAAGCGUACACCUGAUUCCAAUCAAAUUGCCGAUCAAACAUUGCCAAGUGUGAUGACUUGUGUCAAUUUCUGCAAAAUGCCUCCAUUCAGUACACGAUCGAUUAUGAAAGAACGUCUAUCAUUGGCCAUGCGUGAAGGUCAAGCAAGUUUCCAUUUAUCAUGA